AUGGCACACCACCUGAAGCACUCGCAGCAUCUGCUCAUUCACUGCGCGCGGCCGACCUCGCCUCGGUAUCUCCAUCCUCCUCCAUACGCCACACCUUCGUGGAAGGGGAAGGCUCCGAGCCGUGUGAGAGACGAUGAAGAAGGGGGGUCUGCUGCGGUGCGUGUCGACGGGGGCGUGCAGGGUGGCGCCGGGGGCCGUGGCGGAGAUGGCCAUCUCUCGCCGACGGCGUCGGGGAAGGUGCCGGCGGGGCACGUGCCGGUGGAGGUGGGCGCGGAGGGGGAGGAGACGGAGCGCUUCCUCGUGCCGGCCGAGCUGCUGGGCCGCCCUCCCAUCGCCGAGCUGCUCCGCCGGGCCGCGCAGGAGUACGGCUACGCGCGACGCGGCCCGCUCCGCAUCCCCUGCCCCGUCGCCGCCUUCCGCCGUCUCCUCAGCGCGCUCGCCGGCGGGGACAGGGGCCACACGCCCGUCUACUACGCCGUCGUCGUCUGAAUCUCAUCGACGAGCGAGCGACCUCGUAGUCGCUAUAGCUUAAUUUUAGCGUGAUCUUGUUCCGUUUCUUGAGGGGUGGUGGCCGGUGCAGGGUUGUGUGCAUGUGUUUGUGCUGUUCGGUGGUUGUGUGCUUGCCUUCUCGAUCGAGGGCUGAGGCUUCUAGCUAGACUCCGUUUGGGACUCGUUCUUCUUCAGUUCUUGGUACUUUUCCUCUCUCUUUUUCUGGGAAAUAAUAUGUAUGUAAAUUUGUACAUCCAGAUCUAUGAUGAGAUGCUACUGAAUUCUACGAA